AUGCGAGGCCAAUCGCCACUGCUAAAUACGGCGCGUGGCCUGCGGCUGCGGCUGCGGCCACUCCCGGCGCCGGCAUUCGUCUGUCGCCAGUGCAGGGCCAUCCAGAUCAGCGCCGCGCCGACCACGGACACGCCCAAGGCUGGCGGGGAUGCCUUUGGAGCUCCGGCCGGCUCGCGAGACUCCGCCGACGCCCGGUUCGAGGUUCUCGGUGCUCCGUACUCACUGCUGUCUGUGUCGCUCUCGGCGUCGCAGAAUCUCUAUACCAGACGAGGCACCUUGGUUGCUGUCGCUGGGAAGCCCGAAAAUGCCCAAUCCACACUCUCGAUUCUGAACCCUACCGCGCGAGCACUCCUCGGAGUGCCCUUCCUCUACCAGCGAAUCUCAGCCACCGCCCCAAUCACCGCCCUCAUCUCAACCAAGUCGCCCACGACCUCAUUCUCAGUUCUGCAUCUUGAUGGCACGACCGAUUGGAUGAUCUCGCAGCGGAAUGCACUGCUGGCAUGGACGGGACACACUCUCUCACCGUCGACGAGAAUCCAGAAGAGCUUGUCGUUGGCGCAUUGGGGUAGCACUCACCUGACUGGUCGAGGCUUAGCUGCUCUGUCUGCGCCAGGACAGAUCUAUAAGCUCACCCUGCAGGAGGGCGAGGAGUUUGUGGCACAUCCCGGUAGCGUGGUGGCCUACUCUGUGUCGAGAAAUCCUCCUCAGCCCUUCCGGUUCAAGAGCUCGAGCCUACGCAUCCAGGUCCCCUCAUUGACCAAGUGGAUCCCGGAGUCGGAAUUCAUGAAGACGAUUCGCAAUUCGGCGGCCUACAAAUUUGCGUCUCGCAUCUUUUAUAGCCUGCGAACAACGACACGGCGGACGAUCUGGGGCGAUCGCCUCUUCCUGCAGUUCCACGGCCCGAGCACCAUCCUCAUGUCGAGCCGAGGUGUCCGCGUCUCGGACAUGAUGACCAACGAGCAGGUGAACGAGAUUGCAGAUGCCCCUGCGGGUGUUCUCGCGGAGGCAGUGGAGCUGCUUAACAAGUCCAAGGCACUGGAAGCCGGAGAGAUGGCCAGGACAACCAAGGCGACGGAGCCAGCCGAGUCAGAACAGAACUCAAAUGCCAUCAAUGUGGCAACGGGGAAGCAAGACGGCAAGGUGGCAUUCGAGGAUUCCAAGGGCCUCAAGGAGUUUAUCCGGUAA